CACCACUGGGACCAACUGCACUGGUUUCAUCCAGAGUCUUUGAAGUUCAAUCUUGAGGUCCUGAUAGCGGCUGAGUUUUUCCUGUUGUUUUUCGUCACUGCGACUGUCACCUGGGAGGAAACAUCAAUGAUCCAAACCUUUUUCUUUUCCACAACUGUGAUGUCUGGUGUGUUGUGUUCCAGAACUUUGUCAGUCUGGAUUCGGAAGUCCCACAGUAUCUUUGCGUGCUCAUUUUCCAAUACUUUUGCAGGGGAGGUAUUAUUAUUAUCAUCAUCAUCAUCAUCAUUAUCUAUGCCUCAGAGGUUGUGAGGGCUUUUUUUUAAAGAAGGCUGGAUGGCCAUCUGUUGGGAGGGCUUUGAUGGUGCCGUUGUUUACAUCAGAUGGCCUUGGCGUUCCCAAACUUCCCUCAGAUUCUAUUCAGCAAUACUAAUCUUUGAUGGUAAUGAUGAUGGAGGCUCCUCUCUGGGGAUGGCCAUCUGUCGAGACAGAGCAGGAGAGCUGAGUGUUGUCUAUCUCUGCCAAGGCAGGACCGGCGGCCUUUUGAACAGAUUCCAAGCCAAGCACGUCUCUGCCAGGCCAGCCAGACAUGGCCAAGGUCAGACACUCACAGAGGAGCGAGCGCCAGGCCCUGCACCUGCCUGCAAAGAGAUGCGGCUCCGGCGCCUGCGCUGAGCAUGAAAGUGUGCAGACUGAUCGCAAUGGCACAAUGAUCCUCAGCUAUGUUUAGAGGAUCAAGACCAGCGUGCCCACAAGUCAUCAUGGGCAGUGGCCUUAAACAAUGAGGUGGCUAAAACUGGCCUUCCUUUACAAUUUCUGAAUUAUUAGGACCUAGGGCAAAACAAGUGCUCAUGCAAUGCACUCAUGAUAUCUAUGCUCAGUUGGACUUAGCAAGUAUAGGUAGGUCUUCUGCCACAAAGUUUUUAGCCUCCCACAAAAUGAAUACUCAUUUAGAACACUAUCUGACUAUUCCAGUUCCGUUGCCCUUAAGAAGAAUAUACACCAGGGCCAGGUUUGAACAACACAGUUAUUUACAUCCAUUACUAUCUAAUUUUAGGUCUCCCAACAGAAAUGAUCUUCUGACCGUCCUCUUGCAAGGACAAGAAAGAUCCACCAUAAUCAGAGUCAGACUUUUUAUCCCGAAAGCUAUCAAGAAAAAACCACAUUUUCUGAAAGAAGAAGAAUCAGGAAAAUAAGAUUUUGUCGGCAAACAGACGGUCAGCUGCCUGUCCUCCCAUCCUUUUUGCCUUGUUUUUUAUUUAUGUUGCACUUUGAAAUGGUCAUAUGACUGGUCAAACAAAUAAAUUAUUAUUAUGUGGAUAGCAAUGGCACCUUUGAGUUGGAAGGGACCCCCAAGGGACAUCUAGUCCAGCCCUGUUCUCCCAGGCAGGACGGCACCACGCUGGCACUCCAAAGAAAAUUACUCUUGUUUGGUAAAGGUAAAGAUUUCCCCCUUGAUAUUACUGAGAUACCAAUAAUAUUACCAUAUAUACUUGAGUAUAAGCCGACCCGAAUAUAAGCUGAGGCAUCUAAUUUUACCACAAAAAAAACUGGGAAAACAUUGACUCCAGUAUAAGCUGAGAUACCAAUAACAUUACCGUAUAUACUUGAGUAUAAGCUAACCCAAAUAUAAGCUGAGGCAUCUAAUUUUACCACAAAAAAAAAACCUGGGAAAACAUUGACUCCAGUAUAAGCCGAGGGUGGUAAAUUUCAGAAAUAAAAACAGAUACCCAUAAAAUUAAAUUAAUUGAGGCAUCGGUAGGUUAAAUGUUUUUGAAUAUUUACAUAGAUAAGACUGUCCAAUUCUGAUCAAAUCAUGGUACUCAUCUUCCUCCAUGUAAAUGUGCUUAUGUAUCCAUUUAAUAAUAAUAGAGUAAAAUAAUACAUGUAAUAAUAAUAAUAAUAAAUACAGGAAAAUAAUACAUGUAAUAAUAAAUACAGGAAAAUAAUAAAUGCAAUAAUAUUAAUAAGAUCAGAGUGAAAUAAUAAAUGUAAUAAUAAUAAUAAUAAUAAUAAUAAUAAUAAUAGAGUAAAAUAAAUGUAAUAGUAGCAACAAUAAUAAAGAAAAAUAAUAAAUGUAAUCAUACCACUAUUAAUAGAGAAAAAUAAUAAAUUUACCAUAUAUUCUGGAGUAUAAGCUGACCCAAAUACAAGCCAACCAGGACCCUCCCCCGAGUAUAAGCCGAGGGGGGCUUUUUCAGUCUUAAAAAAAGGGCUGAAAAACUAGGCUUAUACUCGAGUAUAUACAGUAAGUCUCUCUUGACACUUUGCCCACACCUCAGAAGUUGUGAGGAACCAGCCAGGCUUUGAAGCUGCAAGGCUAUGCAAUGCCUUGCAGCUUCAGUAACAAUAGCUGCAAGGCUAUUCUAUUCAAUCUGCCAGAGAUGUGGGCGAAACGUCAGGAAAGAAUGCUACUUCUGGAACACGGCCAGGCAGCCCCCAAAGACUCACAGCAACCCAGUGAUUCCAGCGAUAAGAGCCUUUUCCACCAUGUCUCCUGUAUCAAUUUAAUGAUAUAAUAAUAUAUAAAAAUAUUAGACUAUACUAAUACAAUACAGUCUCAUUUAUCCAACAUAAACGGGCCAGCAUAACGUUGGAUAAGCGAAUAUGUUGGAUUAUAAGGAGGGAUUAUUAAGGAAAAGCCUAUUAAACAUCAAAUUAGGUUAUGAUUUUACAAAUUAAGCACCAAAAGAUCAUGUUAGACAACAAAUUUGACAGAAAAAAUAGUUCAUUACACAUUAGUGCCAUGUAGCAAUUACUGUAUUUAUGAAUUUAGCACCAAAAUAUCACAAUGCAUUGAAAACAUUGACUACAAAAAUGCAUUGGAUAAUCCAGAACGUUGGAUAAGUGAGACUCUACUGUAUUAUAAUAUAUUGUAUAUACAUGUAAUAUUAAUAAUAAUAUGAUGUAAUACAAUAUUAUAAUAAUUAUAAUUCACUAUUAUAAUUGUAUAUUUAUAUUACAUGCAAUAUUACUAUUAAUAUUGCAAUAUAGUCAUAUAAUAUAAUAUAUUGUAUGUAUAUAUACUUGUAAACCGCCCUGAGUCCCCUUCGGGGUGAAAAGGACGGGAUAUAAAUGUCGCUAAUAAAUAAAUAAUAAAUAACACACUCCGGGUAAACCUUGGGAAGAACUUAUUUACAGCAAGAGUUGUUCAGUUGUGACAUAUUUUUCUGGUGGCCAUCCGUCAGGAUGGCUUUGAUGGUGUCUGGAAUGGGGUUGGACUGGAUGGCCUUUUGGGUCAGUUCCAGCAUUAGGAUUCUAUUAUUAUUAUUAUUAUUAUUAUUAUUAUUAUUAUUAUUAUUAUUAUUAUUAUUAUUAGUUUUUAGACCCAGUUUUUUAGACUCUGAACACGCCAAUCUGCAUAUUUAUAAGUGUAUUUUAAUUAAUGUCUAACAUAAUUAAUUUUAAUUGAAUUGCAAUGUAUUGUAUUAUUUUUGUAUGUGUUUUUAUUGUAAGCUGCCCUGAGUCCCCUCUUAGGUGAGAAGGGCGGGAUACAAAUGCUGUGAUAAAUUAUUAUUAUUAUUAUUAUUAUUAUUAUUAUUAUUAUUUAUUCAGAGGCUGUAUGGCCAUCUGCUGGGAGGGCUUUGAUGGUGUCUUCCUGCCCGGCAAAAUGGGAUUGGCCUUUGGGCUCCCUUCCAACCUGAAUGCAAUAAAGACUGCCUGGGAGUGCAAUGGAGACUCCUUCCUUGGAAGUUUGUAAACAGAAGUUGGAUGGCCAUCUGUCGGGAUGAUUUUGCCCAGUGGAAUGGGGUUGAACUGGAUGGCCUUUGGGGUCUGUUCCAGCAUUAGGAUUCUAUUAUUAUUAUUAUUAUUAUUAUUAUUAUUAUUAUUAUUAUUAUUAUUAUUAUUAUUAUUAUUAUUGUAUGACAUAGUGAACAAGAUAGAUAUGCUGGAUUUCGUAUCACAAAAUCACAAGUCGAACACUUCCCAAGUGUCUAGGACUGUGUGAUGUAUUUUCGGAUGAUGUGCACAGAUCCCAGCAGGGUGGCCUUUUGCAGUUGGCAGAUCGUGAUUUUGUCAAUGUCUAUUGUUCCCAAAUGCCGGCUGAGAUCUUUUGGCAUGGCACCCAGUGUGCCCAUCACCACUGGGACCACCUGCACUGGUUUCUGCCAGAGUCUUUGAAGUUCAGUCUUGAGGUCCUGAUAGCGGCUGAGUUUUUCCUGUUGUUUUUCGUCAAUGUGACUGUCACCUGUGAUGGCAACAUCAAUGAUCCAAACCUUUUUCUUUUCCACAACUGUGAUGUCUGGUGUGUUGUGUUCCAGAACUUUGUCAGUCUGGAUUCAGAAGUCCCACAGUAUCUUUGCGUGCUCAUUCUCUAAGACUUUUGCAGGUUUGUGAUCCCACCAGUUCUUUGCUGCUGGGAGGUGGUACUUGAGGCAUAAGUUCCAAUGGAUCAUUUGGGCCAUGUAGUUGUGCCUCUGUUUGUAGUCUGUCUGUGCGAUUUUCUUACAGCAGCUGAGGAGAUGAUCAAUGGUUUCGUCAGUUUCCUUGCACAGUCUGCAUUUUGGGUCAUCAGCUGAUUUUUCGAUCUUGGCCUCAAUUGCCUUUGUCCUGAUGUCUUGCUCCUGGGCUGCAAGGAUCAGACCUUCUGCCUCCUUCUUCAGGGUCCCUUUCGUGAGCCAGAGCCAGGUCUUCUCCUUGUCAGCUUUCCCUUCAAUUUUGUCAAGAAACUUUCCAUGAAAUGUUUUGUUGUGCCAGCUGUCAGCUCUAGUUUGUAGUGCGGUUUUCUUGUACUGGUUUUUUGUCUGCUGUGCUUUGAGGAGUUUCUGAUUUUUGACUUCAAUCAAAGCAGGUUCUUCACUUUGCUUGACAUAUUCUGCCAGGGCAUGUUCUUCUUCUUCUUUAUUAUUAUUAUUAUUAUUAUUAUUAUUAUUAUUAUUAUUAUUAUUAUUCAGAGGGUGUAUGGCCAUCUGUUGGGAUGACUUUGCCCGGCAGAAUGGGGUUGGACUUUAGGGUCUCUCCCAAGUCAUGGUGAAGGAAAAUGCUGGCACCGGAGGCUCCUUUCCAUGUCCCUGUUGUCGGCGCUCACGAAAAAAUGCCAAGGUCACAACAAUGUUGGGGGAGAGGCAGAUAAAAGCGGGUUCCCACAGUCUGGCCUGCUGGAUGCUCAGCGGCGGCAGCAGCACCCGCACCAUGCUCCACCUGCUCCUGGCCAGUGGCUUCCUCACCGGGGCCUUGCUCUGGGCCGCCCCCCGGGAGACUGACCUGGACCAAGACCCCCGGAUGGGCAGCACGGUGCUGGCCCUCAAUGGAAGCUGCAGAGAGCAGGUCCUCCAGCGCAUCGGUCAGUCUCUUCUCCGCUUGCUCCACUUGGAUCGAGCCCCUCGGUUCCCGGCAGAGACCACGGUCCAGUUGCGGCAAACUUGGGCCAAGGAAGUGGCCGAAGCCCCAGCGCUGUCCGCGGAGGGGCAGACACUCAAUAUUUCGCCCAACGAGACGUUGCUGAUCCAAAGAGGAGGCUGCGCCCAGAUCUCCCAUCACAUCACACUGACUGAGAGGCUGCUGCCGGCCCCGCGGGACCACCGCGAUCGCUUUCGCCUUUGUCGCCGAGGACGGUUCCGUGACGGUGCGGCCGCUCCGCUUGGCCCGGGACUGCCUUUGCCGGCCCUGAACGGCCCCGAUCCCCACAUUGCAAGGACAUACAAUGGGAAGGAAACCUCCCUUCCCGGGACAUUGACCAAGCUGGAAGGAACCACGUCCUCUUCGUCCGUAUUGGCAUCAGACUGGAACAAGAGCGACAGCUGCAUCCGGUUCGAAACAAACCUAAAAGGUUUCCGAAAAGAGGACUGAGCAUCCUUUUGAGCCUCCUUUCAAAACUAUGCCAUCACUUUUGUUUCGCUCCAAUCUCUGGAUGUUUUUAAGACGAGCCGGGAUGGCCAUCUGUCGGGAGGGUUUGAGUGGUGUCCUCCUGCCAGGCGGAAAUAGGGUUGAACUGGACUGUCCUUGGGGGUCAUAUAUAUACCCAUAUAUAUAUAUAUAUACCCACAUACAUAUAUACACACAUAUACACACACACAUGUAUAUGCAGGUAUAUAUACAGAUACACAUAUAUACACAUACAUAUGCACCCACACACAUAUAUACCCACAUACAUAUAUAUACACACACACACCUGUAUAUACAGAUACACAUAUACACAUACAUAUAUACCCACGUACAUAUAUACACACACAUAUAUACACACACAUGUAUAUGCACGUAUAUAUACAGAUACAUAUAUACACACAGACAUAUGCACCCACACAUAUAUAUACCCACAUACAUAUAUAUAUACACACACACCUGUAUAUGCAGAUAUAUAUACAGAUACACAUAUACACAUACAUAUAUACCCACGUACAUAUAUACACACACAUAUAUACACACACAUGUAUAUGCACGUAUAUAUACAGAUACACAUAUACACACAGACAUAUGCACCCACACAUAUAUAUACCCACAUACAUAUAUAUAUACACACACACAUGUAUAUGCACGUAUAUAUACAGAUACACAUAUACACACAGACAUAUGCACCCACACAUAUAUAUAUACCCACGUAUAUAUAUAUAUAUGUAUAUAUAUAUACACACACAUAUACAGUAGAGUCUCACUUAUCCAAUGUUCUGGAUUAUCCAACACAUUUUUGUAGUCAAUGUUUUCAAAACAUCAUGCUAAAUUCGUAAAUACAGUAAUUACAACAUAACAUGACUGCGUAUUGAACUACCUUUUCUGUCAAAUUUGUUGUCUAACAUGAUGUUUUGGUGCUUAAUUUGUAAAAUCAUAACCUAAUUUGAUGUUUAAGAGGCUUUUCCUUAAUCCCUCCUUAUUAUCCAAGACAUUCGCUUAUCCAAGCUUCUGCCGGCCCGUUUAUGUUGGAUAAGUGAGACUCUACUGUAUAUGUAUAUACACGUAUAUAUACCCACACACAUUUAUGCACACCCACAUAUAUAUACCCACACAUAUAUAUUACCCACAUACGUAUAUACACACACACAUAUACAUACAUACAUACAUACAUAUAUAAACACACACAUAUAUGCACACAUAUACAUGUGUAUCUAUGCUAGAUGGGGAUGAUGGGAGUCGCAGUCCGACACACAUUCAAGGGACACCCAGUCCAACCCCAUUCUGCCAAUGAGGAAAACAGCAUCUAAGCCCUCCCGACAGAUGGCCAUCCAGCCGCUGCUUCAAAGCCUCCAGAGACUUGGUUUGUUCUUAGCCAAUCAGACGAGGUUGAAAAAGGACCAGGCGUCUGUUGUAUGUUGUUAUUGCUGUACAGAUAAAAACCACACAGGCUUUUCAAUAAAAAGGCACCGGUUAUAUUUUAA